AUGCCUCGCAUCAGCACUUACCUUCUUCUCGUAUUUACCUUCGUCACAAGCCUCAUGGCCAACCCACUUCCCAUCACUAACCACACCUCCUCAACCUUCCUCGUCACCCCACGAUCCUACUUCACCCCUAUCCGCCCCCUUGAAGUAUCCCCCGUCGAAUGCCACGACGAAGCCGACUUCCGCGGCCACGCCGAUAUCGAACCCAAGUUCUUCUUCGACGGCGUCUACAAGUUCUGCCAGCAGCGCUAUGCCACGAUGCAGACGCUCGACUACACCGAUGACCCGAACUCCGACAACGGCCACUUGGUCCGCAACGCGAGCUGGCGCUACCGGGACUGGCACGGCGUCAACCACGACUUUAGAAUUUGGUGGGAGGCGGGUUGCAGGGUUUCUGGCGGGAAACAGAAUGUGCACCGUCCGUUGGGGGAGGAGGGGGGUCCUGAGUGGACGUCGGGGUGUUAUGAGAUCAUGGGCUCUACGUACUAUGAGUUAUACGUCACAAUGGAUACCCUCUUCAUGAAAGCAGUGAGCAUUAAGAUGCCCGACUCUCUCGCCAAUAUCAUCCAAAGCGAUCCGUGGGCCGGUGGAAAAUCCCGUGCUCCUGCAGUCAAACAAUCACCACCGACUGUCAAACAAGCACCAGCACCAGCACCAGCACCAGUAUCAGCACCAGCAGCCGCGAAGAUGACGCAACAGGAUGAGACACAAUUGAACAGGAACCUCUCCGAGGAGACCAAAGACACGAAUAGCUCGGGAGGAACGAAUCGAAGCAGUGGUGAGAGUGCCGGUGGUACUCGCAGCAAUGGGAAGCCGAAGGGAGAGUUGUCUGCAACCGUAGACACUCUUCUGAACAAGGCGUUGGGAUUUGGAGCUGCGAGUGAGGCCGAAAGGAAGAAGGGCGGUGCCGCGUAG